AUGGAUGACCAGAAAACAAUGCAGGCAAUCCAGGUCGUUCAACAACGACAACCAAGACCGCGAUUUCAUUUUACGGAAGAGCACCUGUCAUUGUUAGAGGGCAUAUAUCAGCAGGCAAAAUAUCCUGAUAAAUCACAAAAAGUUAAAGCUGCUGGUGCCAUAGGUGCCACCGAAUCUCAAGUUAACGAGUGGUUCCAACGAAGAAGAAAAAAAGAAAUGAAAUUACAAAGAGAGUCAGGAGUUAUUAACACGCCAACCGCAACUACCACCGUUCCUUUUAUUAACGUUACCGCCGAAAAUAAUAAUGAACAUAAUACAGAAACCACCUCAACAUAUUUCCCUCCUUUUGAUGGAUCAGUAAACGCUUCAAUUCCGGAUCAUGAAGUUUAUGUGUAUAUAGAUGCUCCUCAGCAAAAUCAAGAAAACAUGUAUGGUGCUCCUGCUAAUUUGCUUCCUAGUACUGAAUUACAAUAUUACAAUAAUUUUAUGUCUAAUGAAUACAUAGGUAAUUAUGGCACUUCAAAUAGUUAUGAUAACAACAUCAUAGCUAGUGUUAAAAUUGAUGAUGAAUCACGAAAAGCCUCAUCUUCUACAAGCUCUAAUCAAACCGCCGAAAACAAUGAAUCAAGAGAACUUAUUGCGAGCAUUAUGUCAUACUUGAACCCUGAUUUAGGUUUAAUAUCUGCUGAAGUAGUUAGAGAUUUUCUUAAAAAGGUUAAAGACACUUCCCCAAAUACGCGUGGUGUAAUCCUUCACAUUAUAAAACAAACACAUGAUCCGGAGAUUCUGAAAUCGCUUGUACGUGAACGCGUCAGUUAUAUAUUGAGAAAUUGGAUUAAGGAAGAAGCUACAAAAACUGAAGAUAAUAAUAAUUUAAAGGAAUUACUCGAGAUUGUAAGUUUGCUGCCUAUAGAUUAUAAGUUGUCUCGUUCUAGCGGUCUUGGGACGGUUAUUUAUAACAAAAAUGUGAAAGAAUCCACUAUAGAUGGGGUGGCCAAGUUAGCUGGAGGACUUCUUGACAAAUGGGUUGAAGAGAAAAAACUAUCAGAAGAACAACAACAAUUAAAAGAACAGAAAGCAUUGGAAGAAAAGAAAAGGCUGGAUAAAGCGGAAAAGAUCAUUCAAAAGGUUGGCUCCAAGUCAGAUUUAGUAAAAUCAUCGACAAGUCAGACUUCAUCUUCAAGCGGUAAAGAAUUGGCAAGGCCACCUAAGCCUGACCAAAAAAGGAAAAAAGUUGCAGAUGGAAACGCGCAGAAUGAUAAUGAAAAACCCAGCAUUUUUACUCAAUUGCUUAGCAAUUUAGCUGCGUCCGCGUCAAAAAGACAACCUAGACCACCUCAGAAGGAUCCAUCGAAAUUGGUACCACCUUCAAAACUUAAAAUUGAAAAACAGGUUACACAGAGUCAACUGAUGGAAAUCACUGAAGAAGGUCCUUCGACUCAAAAACAUAAAGAACCUGAAACAUUACCUAUUCCUUCUAAAAAAAGGAAGCGGGUCACAUUUGCUCCGGAUGGAUUACUUGAAAAAGUAAAAUUAUUUGAAAUAAUGGAACUUGAGGACACCGAUGAGGAGCCUACAACUGCCGACACUCCACAUCACUACGGAAAUGCUCGAGAUCUUGAUAGGAAUGAAGGUCGCGCGGCCUUCAAGCGAGUUCGCAAAGCACCAGCUAUUCAGUGGCAUACGCCAAUUACAAUUGAUUUCUCAUCUAGACCAAAAAUAAAAAAACGGAAGUUUGCUGAAAGUGAUGAAGCUAAGAUUCAAGAAGAAAGAGAGAGGCAGAUACUUGAAACCAUAUAUAUAACUUCAGAUCAAGUUCCUUUCUCUCCCGCAGAACCACUUCAAAAUUCUCAAAUAAAUAAAUUCGGUCAAUCAGUACCACCCAAGGAAUUUUUUCUUGAAGCAAAUAAAGAAAAUAUUAAAAAUGAAGGUUAUAAAGAUAUUGAUAUAUUGGAUUUGAAUGGUGGUUAUAACGAAGAAGUAUUGCGUGUUCUUUAUCAAAUUUAUCCGCAAUGGGAAGCGAUGCAAAAUAAAAAGUCGAUGAUGAUACCAAUUAAUGUACCAGAUCAAAAUGUAAGGGGGAUGAUGAUGUCUUUCUCUGCGCCACCGCCACAGUCUCAAGCCGCACCGCCACCACCGAUUGCUCCUUGGGGUUUCAAUGGAAAUUCAACAGCACUUUCAACCUUCCAAUAG